AUCAACAAUCCAACAGCAACAUGGGCAGCACACACUCCAAGAAGGAAUCCGAGGACACGACCAGUCAGGCAGCUAAUGGGAUCUGCUGCAUGGUGCCGAGGCCACCACGUCUCGCCACCAUACUGCGCAUGUUGCGGCGCCACCUGAGUCCGGCCCAGAACAAGCAGAAGCUGAAGCAUAAACAGAGGAGCAUGGCAAAGCGCCGUGCCCUGCUCCGACCCAUGCCCAGAUGCUCAUCCUUUGGCUCCUGCGGCACCCUGCUGACACCGACCAAGCGCCGGACAACGCCCAGCUCUGGGUCCGGCUCAGGCUCUGGCUCUGGCGCCAUAUCCACUGCCGAUCUGCAUUACGCACAAUGGAAGUGCAUGUUCGAGCAGGAACAGGAGCAGCAAAAGGAGUCCAAGCACAACACCAGCGAGGCACUCUCUGGCCAGACAACGCCGCGGGGCUUCCCUUCGCACACGGAUCCCAGCCGCUGUCUGGUGCCCGAGGAGCCACUGCCCUCGCUGCAGUCGCCACUGUACGACUACGUGGGCGACCUCAAGGUGCGACGACGCCUUAGCCUGCGCAGUCCGCUCCGCGGGCCCUCUACCAGCCGUCAGCGGUCCCAGGCCCAGGCCCAGGCCCAAGCACGAGCGCGUCUGGAGGCGCAGCUGGAACGUGAGCUGCGCGACCUCGAGGAAUACUACGGCGGAUUUCACUUUUCGCAGCGCAGCGAACGCUUUGUGCGCAUCUGA